AUGGCGGCGGGAGCGAAGCAACAGGCGCAGCCGCAGCUGCUGUUCGUGGAUGGAUCCUUUCAGGAGCUGGCCCGUGAGAUGGCCGACUACCUCCACAUCGCCGAGGAAGUCAAGCCUCUGAUCGAGAACGAGGCCAAGAAGGAGGAGGUGCUGAGCAAGCUGGUGCGCUCGUCGGCGGCGCUGUCUUCGGUGCCCGAGAAGGAGUUCACGGCCGCCUCGAACCUCAUGAUUCACCUCGUUCUUCAGUCCGAGGACCCCAAGAAGCACCUGCCGACCCUGUGCCAGGCCUUCAGCAAGCCCAUCGCCUCGAGCCCCGUCAACGGCGUCGGCCUGAGCCUGAACGCCCUCAGCACCAUCUUCAACCUCAUCACCCCCGAGAACCCGAUCAGAUUCAACGUCUUCAUGGCUAUCCUGCGCUUCCUCAAGUCUCACGCCAUGUUCGAGGCCAUCCAGCCCUACCUGAAGCACCUUCCCAAUUGGUUUGAAGAGUGGGCCACCAGCGAGGAGUACCAGAGGCAGAUGUACGAGGAGAUUGCUGAGGUUGCUAAGGAGGCCGGCAAGGAAGAGGAGAGCUACGAGUACAUUCUCAAGGCCCUGCGCACCUUUGAUGCCGACGAUAAGGAGGAGAUCGGCUCCGAGGACGCUCAGAGACUAUCCCUUCGCGCCGUGCGCGACGCCCUGCUGUCCAACACACACUACCUCUUCACCGACAUCCGCAGCAUACCCUCGGUGCAGAACCUGUCCGAAACCCACCCCGUCUACUCGCAGCUUCUCGACAUCUUCGCCGAGCAGGACCUCGAGGACUACAACGACUUCAAUGACGAGCACGAGGGUUUCGUCGAGAAGGAGAGGCUCGAUCACGAGAAGCUCCACCGCAAGAUGCGCCUCCUGACCUUCGCCUCCCUCGCCGCCCAGACGACCUCGCGCCGCAUCGAGUAUUCCGCCAUCGCAAAGGCCCUCCAGGUGCCCUCUGAGGAGGUCGAGAUGUGGGCCAUCGACGUCAUCCGCGCCGGUCUCGUCGAGGGUAAGCUCUCCCAACAAGACCAGGUCUUCCUUGUCCACAAGGUCACCUACCGCGUCUUCGGCACGCGGCAAUGGCAGGAGCUCGCCACCCGUCUCGACUCGUGGAAGGGCACCUUCUCCAACCUGUACGAUGUCAUCCGCAAGGAGCAGGCCAACGCCAAGGCUCAGAAGGAGCGCGAUGCGCAUGAGGCCGAGCGCAAGGCCCAGAACCCCGGGAACGAGGGCGGUGGCAGCGGCGGUCGCCAGCAGAGAAACCAGGGACGUCGCGACAACCAGCAGCGCGAGCCCAGAGAACCUAGAGAGCCGCGGGAGCCCAAGGAGCGGACGGAAAAUGACGACUAA